GAUAUGUUACAGUAUAUUUCUUUGCUCCGUGCUUCCUAAUUAAUCAGAUCAGGUCUUAUCAAAUGGAGACCGUAUUAUCCGCAUUUCUGGGUGAGAUUGCCCAAAGAUCAGUAUCUUUCUUCAUCGGCAAACUCUCCAAGGAGGCAACCUCUUUACCCUCUGACGAGAACCUGCACCGCAAGCUGCUGAGGAUUUGCAUCAUUGUCGAGGAAGCCGAGGGCCGGCAAAUUAGGAACCAAGCCAUGCUAGAGCAACUCAAGGUUCUGCGAGCAGGGAUGUACAGAGGCUACUACGCGCUGGACACCUUCAGGUACCGAUCCUACAAAGAAGAUGAAGGCGAGGAUGAUGAUGAGGUGAGCCACUACUAUUCCUUUGCCAUCUCCAAGUUCAACCCUGCCAAGCGCAUUCAGUUGUGUGGCAGAAGCAGUAGUCAAGGUGGAGAGAGGGAGCUGCAUCAGGUGCUUGGCUCCCUAGAUGUAACCAUCACUGAUGCAAGGGAGUUCCUCAUGUUCCUGAAAGAUUGUCCCCCAUUGUACCACCGUUUGUACAACACCUACAUGGUUUUGGAGAAGUGUAUGUUUGGCCGCCAUGCCGAGAUGGAGCACAUCAUCAACUUCCUUAUGCAGAAGUGUGCUCCUGGCUCUACCGGAGAUUUCGGUGUCCUACCGGUUGUCGGUCCAGCGAAAGCCGGUAAGAGCACACUUGUUGAACAUGUAUGCAAUGAUGAAAGAGUGCGUAGCGCCUUCUCCCGGAUCGUGUUCUUCGCAGAAGGCGACCUUGAAGGAAGGAUUGAUUGUGUCAGGGAUGGUGGCAAGGUGAAGUAUCAAAGUCAUGCCUCAGAAUGCAGAGAUCAAAGUGUUUUGGUUGUUGUGGAAGUGAACGGGGACAUCAGUGAGGCUACAUGGAGUAGCUUAUGUUCAGCAUCCAAAAGGUGCGCUACAAAUGGUGUCAUCAGGUUCAUAAUCUGCAGCCGGUCCGACGAGAUUGUCAGAUUUGGAACGACGAGAGCUCUCAAGGUAGAGAAUCUUACUCAGGAAGCGUUCUGGUACUUCUUCAAAGCUCUUGCGUUUGGGAGUGUUGAUCCCCGGGAGGAACCGAAGCUCGCGUCAAUGGCUAUGGAGAUCGCCGCGUAUCUGAACUGCUUCUUCAUAGCAGGAAACACCAUAGCCAGGAUGCUUAGAGACAAUCUCAGUGCAAAGUUCUGGCGCAUGGCUUUGACAAGUUUCAGAGAAGUCGACCGGAGAUACCGCUUCUUCAUUUUUGGCGCGCAACCAGCAAAUCCUUCAGAAAACAGAAAAAUGAUUCGAAGGUUAAAUGGCUCCAAUGAGUAUUGCUCGUUUUUUAAUGGCUACCAUACAAUUUCCUCCUUGGGUGAGGCUCCGACGACGAUAACUGUUCAAGAGGUUCUGUCAGGGAGUGUUGUGCCUCGUGGGGAAUUUCAUGUCCUGGGAUGGAGAUCUCCCAUACCACCUUACCAUAGCUACACAUUUAGGUGUGAGAUUCAUGAGAUAGCAGAUUCAUGAGGCAUCGAGAAGAAGACGGUGUUCGCAAGACACAAAACCAAGCCUAUAUAGGCUCGAAAAAUAGAUGGCUCUGUGUCGCGUUGUACCCAAACCUUAUAUGCUUUCUAUAAAAGUUAGGUGAUCUUGUUCUAUUGACUAUUUCACGAAUCUAAUAACCAGAGUGUUCGUAAACACUAAACGGUCAGUAUGGGUCUGUGCAGCAUGUAGACCGUGUACACGGUGUGUGUAUAGUAUUACACGUUUUUAUACUAUAUUGACAAAUAUUUGUAUAGUAACUUGUAUAUAUAUGCUUAAAAUAACAAUAAUAAUGACAAAG